AUGAAGUUAUCAUCUUCUUUACUGACAUUUAUGGCAGUUCUUGCUUCAGUCAGUGCAUCUGAUGUUGUUCAGUUGACUGGUGAGGCCUUUGACAAGUUUGUUAAGGACAAUGCUGUUGUCAUGGCCGAGUUCUAUGCUCCUUGGUGUGGUCACUGUCAAGCAUUAGCUCCUGAAUAUGAGGAGGCAGCUACUGAGCUCAAGAAAAAUGGUAUUCCUAUUGCCAAGGUCGACUGUACAGUUGAAGAGGCUCUUUGUGCCGACCAAAAGAUCCAGGGAUUCCCUACCAUCAAGGUAUUCCAUGGUGAUGUUGACAAGGUGUCGACAUACCCAGGAGCUAGAAAGGCUGAUGCCAUUGUUUCUUAUAUGAACAGACAAGCCUUGCCAGCUGUUUCUACAGUUGAUGCCAAGUCUAUUGAAAAGUUUACCAGCUCGGAUCCUGUUGUGGUUGUUGGAUUCUUCUCUGAGAAGACCCACAACCAGACAUUCACUGGUCUUGCUGAGUCUCUUCGUGACAAGUAUAUCUUCGGUGCUUCGAGCGAUUCUAAGUUGGCUGCCAAGUAUGGUGUCAAGGAUUCUGGAGUAGUUGUUUUCAAGAACUUUGAAGAUGCAGCUGCCCAAGACGAGCCAUAUGCCACAUUCUUGCCCAGCGAAGACAUCAAGUUCGACGAGGACUCGAUCAAGAAGUUCAUCACCGUCGAGUCGUUCCCUACAUUCGGAGAAGUGGGCCCUGCCACCUUUACUGACUACGCUACCAGCGACAUUCCUCUUUUCUAUGUUUUCGCUGACAACGACCAAGACCGUGAAGACAUCAAGGGCUACUUGAAGCCUCUGUUGAGCAAGCUCAAGGGCAAGGUCAACAUUGGAUUCAUUGACGCCAACCAGUACGGUGGUCAUGCUGGCAACGUCAACCUGGUCGAGUCAUGGCCAGCUGUUGCUAUUCAAGACUUCAAGAAUAACCACAAAUACGUGCACUCUCAAGACGACGAGAUUACCAAGAAGUCUCUUCAAAAAUACGUCGAUGCAUACUUGGCCGGUGACUUGGAGCCUUCUAUCAAGUCUGAGGACGUUCCUGAGACCCAGCCUGAAGGUGUAACCAAGGUUGUUGGCAAGUCGUAUAACGACAUUGUUUUGGACGAUGAGAAGGACGUUCUGAUCGAGUUCUACGCUCCCUGGUGUGGACACUGUAAGAACCUUGCUCCCACUUACGAGGAGCUCGGCAGUCUUAUCAAGGGCGACUCGAACCUGAGCAGCCAAGUGGUUGUGGCCAAGCUCGACCACACCGUCAACGAGGUCCCCGACGAGAUCCGUGGCUACCCCACCAUCAAGCUGUACCCUGCCGGCAAGAAGUCGGAGCCCAUCGACUACUCGGGUCCCCGUACCUUCGAGGGUCUGGCCAAGUUCAUCCAGGAAAAGGGCACUCACCAAGUGGACAUCCUGGCUGUCAAGGCCGCCGCCGCUGCUGGAUCAGCUGACAAGGAUGCUGCUGCCUCUGACAAGUCCACCGAAAAGGCUGACAAGGCCGCCGACAAGAUCGACCACGACGAUUUGUAG